UGAAAGGUCGGGAGACCUGCCUCUAGUUGGAACUUCAGGACAUCAGAAUGGGAGAUAACACAUAAUUCACCUUCCACCUCCUCCAAGGAAAAGAGUAAAGAAGAGACAACCAGUCAUAGAAGAGUCUUCAUUCCAGAAGUACUCCAGGAAUCAUGCUGGAAGAGUUCUGCAACUCUACUUUUUGGAAUUCCUCCUACCUCGAUCGCCCUGAUGCAGACCUGCCACUUUGUUUUGAACAAACUGUCCUGGUAUGGAUCCCCUUGGUCUUCCUUUGGCUCCUGGCCCCUUGGCAGCUUUUCCACGUGUAUAGAUCCAGAACCAAGAGAUCUUCUAUAACCACAGUUUACCUUGUGAAACAGGUGCUGGUUGGGUUUCUUCUCAUUCUAGCAGCCAUAGAGCUGGCUUUUGUCCUCACAGAAGACCAUGGACAGGAGACAAUCCCUCCCGUUAGGUACACCAAUCCAAGCCUCUACCUCGGCACGUGGCUCCUGGUCUUGCUGAUCCAGCACAGCAGGCAGUGGUGUGUCCAGAAGAACUCUUGGUUCCUCUCCCUAUUCUGGAUUCUCUCCAUAUUCUGUGGCACUUUCCAGUUCCAGACUCUGCUCCGGACACUCUUACAGGGCGAUGAUUCUAAUCUGGUCUACUUCUGCCUAUUCUCCAUCUCCUAUGGAUUCCAGAUCCUGAUUCUGAUUCUUUCAGCAUUUUCAGAAAAAAAAGGCUCGUCAAAUAAUCCAUCAUCUACAGCUUCAUUUCUGAGUAGAAUUACAUUUAGUUGGUUUGACAGUACCGUCCUGAAAGGCUACAAGCACCCUCUGACACUCGAAGAUGUCUGGGAUAUCGAUGAAGGGGUAAAAACCAAGACAAUGGUGACGAAAUUCGAAGCGCACAUGGCAAAAGAGCUGCAGAAGGCCAGGCGGGCAUUCCAGAAACGGCAGCAGAAGAAAUCCCAGAAGUCUGAGGCCAAGUUGCAAGGCUUGAACAAGACCCAGAGCCAAAGCCAAGAUGUCCUUGUCCUGGAAGAAACUAAAAAGAAAAAAAAGACAUCGAAGGUCACAGGAGACUUUCCCAAGUCCUGGUUGGUCAAGUCCCUCUUCAAAACGUUCUUUGUCGUGCUCCUGAAAUCGUCCCUGCUGAAGCUAGUGCAUGAUGUUAUCAUGUUUCUGAACCCUCAGCUGCUGAAGUUGCUGAUCUCCUUCGCCAAUGACCGUGACGCGUAUGAGUGGACUGGAUAUGUCUAUGUGCUCCUCUUGUUCUUUGUGGCUCUCAUCCAGUCUAUCUGCCUCCAGUAUUAUUUUCAAAUGUGCUUCAUGCUGGGCAUGAGUGCCCGAACCAUCAUCAUGGCUUCUGUAUAUAAGAAGGCGCUGACCUUGUCCAACAUGGCCAGGAGGCAGUACACCGUUGGAGAGACCGUGAACCUGAUGUCUGUGGACGCCCAGAAGCUCAUGGACGUGACCAACUACAUCCACUUGCUGUGGUCAAGUGUCCUGCAGAUCGCCUUAUCCAUUUACUUUCUCUGGGAAGAGCUGGGCCCCUCGAUCUUGGCAGGUGUUGGCUUGAUGGUGCUCCUAAUCCCAGUUAAUGGGGUACUGGCCACCAAGGGCAGAGACGUUCAGUUCAAAAACAUGAAUAAUAAAGACAAACGUUUGAAGAUCAUGAAUGAGAUCCUCAGCGGAAUUAAGAUCCUGAAAUAUUUUGCCUGGGAACCUUCAUUCAAAGACCAAGUCAACAACCUUCGGAAGAAAGAGCUUAAGAACCUCCUGACCUUUGGCUGGCUGCAAGCUUUGAUAAUGUUCUUUUUAUACUUGACGCCAAUCUUGGUGUCUGUGAUCACGUUUUCCGUUUACGUCCUGGUGGACAGCAACAACAUCCUGGAUGCACAGAAAGCUUUCACCUCCAUCACGCUCUUCAACAUCCUGCGCUUUCCCCUGAGCAUGCUCCCUAUGGUGAUCUCCUCCAUGCUCCAGGCCAGCGUUUCCGUAGACCGGCGUGAGAAGUACUUGGGAGGGGACGACCUGGACACAUCUGCCAUCCGCCAUGACUGCAAUUUUGACAAAGCCGUGCAGUUUUCCGAGGCCUCCUUUACCUGGGACCAGCAUUCGGAAGCCACAAUCCGCAACGUGAACCUGGACAUCAUGCCAGGCCAGCUGGUGGCUGUGGUGGGCACCGUGGGCUCUGGGAAAUCCUCCUUGAUGUCAGCCAUGCUGGGAGAAAUGGAAAAUGUGCAUGGGCACAUCACCAUCAAGGGCUCUACUGCCUACGUCCCACAGCAGUCCUGGAUACAGAAUGGCACCAUAAAGGACAACAUCCUUUUUGGGUCAGAGUUGAAUGAAAAGAAGUACCAGCAAGUUCUGGAAGCCUGUGCUCUCCUGCCAGACCUGGAAAUUCUGCCUGGAAGAGACCUGGCUGAGAUUGGAGAGAAGGGUAUAAAUCUCAGUGGGGGUCAGAAGCAGCGGAUCAGCCUGGCCAGAGCCGCCUACCAAAAUUCAGACAUCUAUAUUCUAGAUGACCCGCUGUCAGCCGUGGACGCUCACGUGGGAAAACACAUUUUCAAUAAGGUCUUAGGCCCCAAUGGCUUAUUGAAAGGCAAGACUCGACUCUUGGUUACACAUAGCAUUCACUUUCUUCCCCAAGUGGAUGAGAUUGUGGUUGUGGGGAAUGGCACCAUCUUGGAGAAAGGAUCCUACAGUGCUCUGCUGGCCAAGAAAGGAGUGUUUUCUAAGAAUCUGAAGACAUUCAUCAAACAUCCGAGUUCUGAAGGAGAGGCCACAGUCAAUGACGGCAGUGACGACGACGAGGACCCUGGGCUGAUAGCCAGCGUGGAGGAAGUCCCUGAGGAUGCAGUCUCCCUGACCAUGAAAAGGGAGAACAGCCUCCAGCGGACGCUGAGCCGCAGUUCCAGGUCCAGCGGCAGGCACCCCAAGUCCCUGAGAAACUCCUUGAAAACUCGGAAUAACCUGAAGGAGGAGAAGGAACUAGUGAAAGGACAAAAACUAAUUAAGAAGGAGUAUGUGGAAACUGGAAAGGUGAAGUUCUCCGUCUACCUGAAAUACCUACGUGCAGUAGGAUGGGGGCUGAUACUCCUCUCCAUCUUUGCCUUCAUAAUGAAUUCUGUGGCUUUUAUUGGAUCCAACCUCUGGCUCAGUGCUUGGACCAGUGACUCUAAAACCUUCAAUAGCACCAGCUAUCCAGCGUCUCAGAGGGACCUGAGAGUCGGGGUGUACGGAGCUCUGGGAGUAGUACAAGGUUUAUGUGUGCUUGUGGGAAAUCUCUUGAGUGUCCAUGGUUGCACCCAUGCCUCAAACGUCUUACACAGGCAACUGCUGAACAAUAUCCUUCGGGCACCCAUGAGGUUUUUUGACACAACACCCACAGGCCGGAUUGUGAACAGGUUUGCUGGUGACGUUUCCACAGUGGAUGACACCCUCCCUGCAUCCUUACGCAGCUGGAUCUUGUGUUUCCUGGGGAUAGUCAGCACCCUCGUCAUGAUCUGCAUGGCCACCCCUAUAUUUGCCGUCAUCAUCAUUCCUCUUGGCAUUAUUUAUGUGUCUGUUCAGAUGUUUUAUGUGGCUACUUCCCGCCAGCUGAGACGUCUGGACUCUGUCACCAGGUCCCCAAUCUACUCUCACUUCAGCGAGACGGUGUCAGGGCUGCCUGUUAUCCGCGCCUUUGAGCACCAGCAGAGAUUUCUCAAGCACAACCAGGCAGAGAUCGACACUAACCAAAAAUGCGUCUUUUCCUGGAUUGUUUCCAACAGAUGGCUUGCAGUUCGCCUGGAGCUGGUCGGGAACCUGAUCGUCUUCUCUGCAUCCCUGUUGAUGGUUAUUUACAGAGACACCCUCAGCGGGGACACUGUGGGCUUUGUUCUGUCCAAUGCACUCAAUAUUACACAAACCCUCAACUGGCUGGUGAGGAUGACAUCAGAGAUAGAGACCAACAUUGUGGCUGUUGAGCGAAUAAAUGAGUACAUCAAAGUGGAAAAUGAGGCACCCUGGGUGACUGAUAAGAGGCCUCCAGCAGGUUGGCCCAGUAAAGGCGAGAUCCAGUUUAGCAACUACCAAGUGCGGUACCGGCCUGAGCUGGAUCUGGUACUGAAAGGGAUCACUUGUGACAUCAAGAGCACAGAGAAGAUUGGCGUAGUGGGCAGGACAGGCGCUGGGAAGUCAUCCCUCACGAACUGCCUCUUCAGGAUCUUAGAGGCUGCCGGUGGCCAGAUCACCAUUGAUGGAGUAGACAUUGCUUCCAUUGGGCUCCACGACCUUCGAGGGAAACUGACCAUCAUCCCCCAGGAUCCCAUCCUGUUCUCGGGAAGCCUGAGGAUGAACCUGGACCCUUUCAACAAUUACUCAGAUGAGGAGAUUUGGAAAGCCCUGGAGCUGGCUCACCUCAAGUCCUUCGUGGCCAGCCAGCCGCUUGGCUUGUCCCAUGAAGUGACAGAGGCCGGUGACAACCUGAGCAUUGGACAGAGGCAGCUCCUGUGCCUGGGCCGGGCUCUGCUCCGGAAAUCCAAGAUUCUGGUCCUGGACGAGGCCACCGCUGCAGUGGACCUGGAGACAGAUCAGCUCAUUCAGACAACCAUCCGCAGUGAGUUCUCCCAGUGCACAGUGAUCACCAUCGCCCACCGGCUGCACACCAUCAUGGACAGCGACAGGGUGAUGGUCCUUGACAAUGGGAGGAUUAUAGAGUAUGGGAGCCCUGACGAACUGCUGGCCAACGCUGGCCCCUUUUACCUCAUGGCCAAGGAAGCUGGAAUUGAGAACGUGACCAACACAGCACUCUAGCAGCGGGUCCCACGGGGCCAAGAAGGACUUUAAAGAUAAUUCCAUAUUUAAUUUUAUUACUUGUGAAAUAUAUCAUAUACACACCACCCAGGCGAAGGGAAUGACUAUCGCCACGUGCCUGGGAAACCUCUUGACAGCUCUGCCUUGAUCAUACCUCCCUGCCACCUGCCCCUUCCAAGACGACCGCAUCCUGAAUUCCCGGAUAAUCAUUCCCUUGCCUUUCGUUUUCGUUUUACCACCUUUGUAUGUAUCCAUAAACAAUGUGUACCUAUUGUAACUUAUGUGAAUGGACUGGCUCCUACGGCAUGUGUUCUUCUAGGACUUGUUCAAUAUUGUGUUUGGGAUUCAUAUGUGUUGGUGCCGAGAGGCUCAUUACUUUUCAUUCUCGUUGUGUGGCACUGUAUGAAUACACCAGUUCACCCAUUUUCA